AUGGCAGAAGCCAGUGUUGCAAUAGAUCAGAACCAGUUCAGCUGUCCAAUCUGUCUAGACCUACUGAAGUAUCCAGUGGGUAUUAACUGUGGACACAGUUACUGUAUGAGCUGCAUUAAGAGCUACUGGGAUCAGGAGGAUCAUGCUGGAGUUUACAGCUGCCCCCAGUGCAGCCAGACCUUCACACCCAGACCGGUUCUGGGCAGAAACACCAUACUGGCUGAAAUGAUGGUGAAACUGAAGGAGACUGGACUACAAGCAGCUACUCCUGCUGACCAGUAUGCUGGAGAUGUGGAGUGUGACGUCUGUACUGGGAGAAAACACAAAGCUGUCAAGUCCUGCCUGGUGUGUCUGGCCUCCUACUGUGAACCUGACCUGCAACUUCACAAUAAACUCCACCAUGCAAAACACAAGUUGAUUGAUGCCACCAGCCAUCUGAAGGAAAAGGUCUGUUCCAACCAUGACAAACCCCUGGAGGUCUACUGCCGUACCGACCAGCAGUGUAUCUGUUAUCCCUGUUUGAUGGAUGAACACAGAGGCCAUGAUACAGUCUCAGCUGCUGCAGGAUGGGCGGAGAAACAGAAACAAAUGGGCAAAACACAGAGGAAAUUUCAGCAGAGAAUUCAGAUGAGAGAGAAGGAGCUGCAGGAGCUGAGAGAGGCUGUGGGCUCAUUCACAAGCUCAGCACAGUCCGCAGUGGAGGACAGUGAGAGGAACUUCACCAAGAUGAUUCACUCAAUUAAGAGAAGAUGCUCUGAGGUGACAAAGCUGAUCCGAGAUCAGGAGAAGGCUGUAGUGAGUCAGGCUGAAGGAGACAUGGAGAGACUGAAGCAGGAGAUCGAUGAACUGAAGAGGAGACACUCUGAGCUGGAGCAGCUUUCACACACAGAGGAUCACAUCCAUUUCCUCCAGAUGUUCCGGGGUCUUCCUGUCACCCCGGAAGCUGGAAUUGGACCCAGAAUCACCGUUAGUCCACGCUGCAAUUUUGAGAUUUUGAAGAAGGUGGUUUCUGAACUGAAGGAUCAACUGGAGAAUGUUUGCAAAAAGAAAAUGACACAGAUCAAUCAUACAGUUACCAAAGACACCGUCCUACCGGUAUUAGUGCCCAGGACCAGAGCAGAAUUCUUACAAUAUUCCUGUCAGCUCACUCUGGACCCCAACACAGCAAACAAUAACCUCCAUCUGUCUGAGGGGAACAGAGUGGUGACAUGGAAGGAAGAGACACAGUCAUAUCUUGAUCACCAGGAGAGGUUUGACUCACUCCCCCAAGUGCUGUGUACAGAGGGUCUGACUGGGCGCUGCUACUGGGAGGUUGAGUGGAGCGGGAAUGGGGUCGGUAUAGGCGUCACAUAUAAAGGGAUCAGCAGGAAAGGAGGGAGUGAUGCCAGCUGGCUUGGAUACAAUUACAAAUCCUGGCGUUUGUGCUGCUCAACCUCCAGUUACUCAUUCUGGCACAAUAACGAGGAAACUGCAGUAUCUGGCUCCCCCUCCCCCAGGAUAGGAGUGUACCUGGAUCACAGGGCAGGAACUCUGUCCUUCUACAGCGUCUCUGACACAGUGACCCUCCUGCACAGGGUCCAGGCCACGUUCACUGAGCCCCUCUAUCCUGGGUUUCAGCUUUGGUACAGGACAGCUGUGAAACUGUGCUAAGUAAGCUAACUAACAUCUCUUUAUAUUUGGAGUAUUUAAUAUUUUAUGUGAGAAGCAGAAAUAAUGAAUAUGAAAAUAAAUACAAUAAAACAACAAUUUUACAGAUGUCUUGUAAAUUAUGCAUUUUGCCCAUUUAUAAGUGGAAAUGACAACAAAAUAGAAAUUAAUACUUUUUAAAAAUAAGUUUUUAUGUGAAAUUUCUGUGCAGUGACCUCGAACCUUGAACCCACCUGUAUAUGUGUCUGUGUGUAUAUCUUUAAAUAACAGUGACAGGUUUUGUUAGCAUAAUGUCCAAAA